AUGGCUGGAUCUUGUGAUUUGAAUUGGGAAGAUCCAAAAAUAACAACAUAUCCAGGAAAUCCACAUCCAUUAGGUGCAUUUUAUGAUGGUCAUGGAAUUAAUUUUGCAUUAUAUUCAGAAUGUGGAACUAGACCAUUUUUAUGUUUAUUUCGACCAGCUCAUGAUGCGACACAUGAAUUAGUUGAAUAUGCUCGAAUUAAAAUGAAAGAACGAACACAUCAUAUUUGGCAUAUUUAUUUACCUGAUUUUGAACCGGGUCAAAUCUAUGGAUAUCGUGUUCAUGGUCCUUAUGAUCCACAAAAUGGUCAUCGUUUUAAUGUAAAUAAAUUAUUAAUUGAUCCAUAUGCACGAGCUAUUACUGGUACAUUAGAAUGGGAUGAUGCAUUAUUUGGUUAUGAUGUUAAUGAUCAAUCUCCAGAAAAAGAUUUAUCAUUUAGUACUGUUGAUAGUGCACCAUUUAUGCCAAAAUGUGUUGUUAUUGAUUCAAGUAAUUUUAAUUGGGGUGGUGAUACUCCAUUAAAUAUUCCUUUUCAUGAAACAAUUAUUUAUGAAUUACAUGUAAAAGGUUUUACAAAAUUACUUCCAGAUAUUCCAGAAGAAAUACGUGGAACAUAUGCUGGAUUAGCACAUCCAACAACAAUUGAAUAUUUUAAAAAACUUGGAAUAACAGCUGUUGAAUUAAUGCCUGUACAACAUUUUGUUACUGAUCGUUAUUUAAAAGAUCGUGGUUUAACAAAUUAUUGGGGUUAUCAUACACUUGGAUUUUUUGCUCCAGAUGUUCGUUAUUCAUCAUCUGGAACUUAUGGAGAACAAGUUCUUGAAUUUAAAAGAAUGGUUAAAAAAUUACAUAAAGCUGGUAUUGAAGUUAUUCUUGAUGUUGUUUAUAAUCAUACUGGUGAAGGAAAUCAACUUGGACCAACAUUAUCGUUUAAAGGUAUUGAUAAUAGCAGUUAUUAUCGUCUUACAGAACAUGAUAAAAGAUUUUAUUUUGAUUAUACUGGUACUGGAAAUACACUUAAUUGUCGAUUACCAAAUGUAUUAAGAUUAAUUAUGGAUAGUCUUCGAUAUUGGAUUUUGGAUAUGCAUGUUGAUGGUUUUAGAUUUGAUUUGGCAGCAACACUUGCUCGUGAAUUACAUGCAGUUGAUCGUUUAAGUGCAUUUUUUGAUAUAAUUCAUCAAGAUCCAAUUAUUGGUCGAGUUAAAUUACUUGCUGAACCAUGGGAUUUAGGUGAAGGUGGUUAUCAAAUAGGAAAAUUUCCACCAGGUUGGGCUGAAUGGAAUGGAAAAUAUCGUGAUUGCGUUAGAGAUUAUUGGCGUGGUCAACCAAGCAUGCUUUCGGAAUUUGCUGAACGUUUUACUGGAAGUUCAGAUUUAUAUUUUGAAGAACGUCGGGGACCAACAGCUUCAAUUAAUUUUUUAACAGCUCAUGAUGGUUUUACAUUACAUGAUUUAGUUUCAUAUAAUGAAAAACAUAAUGAGAUGAAUGGUGAAGGUAAUCUUGAUGGUGAAAGUCAUAAUCGUUCAUGGAAUUGUGGUGCUGAAGGUCCAACGGACGAUGUCAACGUUAAUCAAUUUCGUGAUUGUCAAAAACGAAAUUUUUUAACAACAUUGUUUUUAUCUCAAGGAAUUCCAAUGUUAGUUGCAGGUGAUGAAUUAGGUCGAACACAACAAGGUAAUAAUAAUGCAUAUUGUCAAGAUAAUGAAAUAUCUUGGUUAAAUUGGGAAAAAGCUGAUCAAGUAUUGUUAGCAUUUACACAAAAAUUAAUUCAUUUACGCCGUCAACAUCCAGUUUUUCGUCGUCGAACAUGGUUUCGUGGUAAACCAGUAAAACCUGGUGAAAUUGAUGAUAUAGCUUGGUUUAAAUUUGAUGGUAAUCAUAUGACAGACGAAGAUUGGCAACAUGACUAUGCCAAAUCAUUUGGUGUUUUUAUUAAUGGUCGAGGAAUGCAAGGUCGUACAGUAUUUGGUGUACGAGUUACUGAUGAUAAUUUUUAUAUUAUAUUUAAUGCUUAUCAUGGAUAUAUUGAUUAUACAUUACCUGGAGAAGAAUAUGCUAAAGAUUGGACAUUAAUAUUAGAUACGAGUAAAGAUGAAGUUAUUAUUGAAGGUGAUGAAGGAAGAAUCUAUCAAGCUGGUGAAAAAAUAACUGUACAUGACUAUUCUAUUUUACUUUUGCAUCAUGUUGUUCCAAAAAAGGAACAUGCUACAGCGCCUAUGGUUUAG